AUGGCCUAUCGUGAACUGCACCAACGCUUCAACCUCCCGGAUCCGCCCGCCAGGAGUGUCUGGGCCUUCGGCAGACCCCACAUCUGGCAGCGGGCAUGGUUUCCGGACUUUGACGCCGCCGCCGCCGCCGCUACCACCACGACGGCCACGACGGUCGUCACGCCAGUCGAUCAACUUUCACGCUUCAUCCAUCGGCUGCUCCAGCCUGACAUUGGUCACAGCGCCUGCACCCAGCUCAAGGUCCUGUCGGGAGUCGCCACCUUGCUGGUGCUCAUGUCGGUCAUGAUCCUCGUCCGCCGCUUCCACCAGCGGUCGCUCUGGCUCUUUCGCGUCCAGCAGCGCUCCAACGGCACCCUGAUCGUCCCCAACGCCGUCGCCAAUCUCACCUGGGUCCUCAUGUUUUAUUUUGGCACCAUGGUGGGUUUCGUCUGGUACGCUCAGGCCUGGAGCACCAUGGGACUGCGCUCCGACCACUUUAGCCUGUGGAUGUCGAUGCCCUGGAUCCCCCUCUGCCUGGGAGCCUACCUCUAUGUCCUCGGCGUCGCCCUAGCCCGCCCCGAUUCGCUCAAGAGCAUCUCGCGGGACCCUGGUCGCCCGCCGUCGCUCGCCCUGAGGCUCGGAAUCACGCCAAGGGUCGUCAACGUGAUCUUCUUCGUCAUACCUCUGGUGCCCGCGGCGGCUCUUGUUGCGCCCGUCCAUCGCGCCGAGCGGCGCUGGCAGACCGCUCUCGACCAAAAGGAUGCCUGGAACCGCAGGUGGGCCGCCGAAACUGCGCUCAACCGGGAAAUGCUGCUCGAGGCUCAGACAAUUUGGAAUGGAACGCUCAGCUCGGCCUCGCAUCUGUGCAUCGCCUACGCCAUCUGGGCCGCGACGGGUUUUGCUCUCUUCGCUGGCGUUCUCAUCUGCGCGGGUCGGCUGGCCCUGACCAUUCGGAGCCAGAUGAAGACGAUGCGCUCGUUCAAGGCCAAUCAGAGUUUCAGCGAGUCCUUCGCAGUCCAACGGCGUAAGGCCUCGGCCCAACUGGGAGCCGGCAAGGGCGCAGCGGUCCCUGGCGGAAAACUGCGGCACGGGCUUCAGAAACACGGGGACGCGCCGAUCGCGAGGCUCCUGCUUGCCGUCCACCGGCAAUGGCAGCGCCGAUUCGGUGACGAUGCAGAGUCUGUGUCUGGGGGCGACGACGAUUCGGGCGGUGACGAAGAGCAGGCCGAGUCGAUGUUCUUCUCUGCCGCCCAACUCGAGCAGCAGGACGCGCCGGUGGCGAGCUUUUUCCCCGCCGUCAAGCCCAGCACCUUCCACCGUCCUCCCAAGGUGACGGCCAGAAACGGCCGCCGUGCGCAGCGCUACUACCUCGAGCGGUGCCUCUCUGACCUCAUGGUCCAGCUCGUCGGCAUCUCGGUCGCCGCCUUCCUUUACUCGGUCCUCGGCGUGUACGUGGCCGUCCAAUGGUAUCCGAGCUGGGAAGCCAACGAAGGCGGCCGAGUUCUCACGUUGAGCGCAUCGUGGGUGGCCUACGUAUGUGUCAUCUGCGGCGCAUGGGUGUUUCUCAUGAUCUUCGGACGGACCUACGAGCCCGUCGUCAACAAUAUCGUCGCCGCCUCGCAGGAGAGGGUUCGGCCCGUGAUCAGGCGUUCCAUGGCCGCCGAUCCCAGCACAUGCGACGACGCAGCCGCGCGGAGCGGCACCAAGCUGACGUGGGCCAAGUCGGCGGUCGGGCGCAGGUCUGGCCUCUCGGCCAAACCGGAAGGUUCAAAGGCGGUCGCGGGUCCGCGCGUCUCGCUGCAAGUCAUGUCUGCGGGAGCCGCCAGCACGCUGGUCGCAGCAGGCGGCGCUGAAUCUUUUGGAGGCUCUGCGGUCGAGACCGUCUUCGAAGCGUCUCACGAGGGCGGAGCCUGCGGUCAGGCGCUCGGCAAGAAGGGCAGCGAUGGCGAUCUCGGGCAUGCGACUGCCGAGGAGCAGGUCUACACAGUCAGCCGUCGCGAUGCCGAGGACGCCGGAUCGGCCGACGACAAACGGGCCGUCGGACACGGGCUGACAACGCCGGGCGGCGGCAUCCUCGUCACCGAGACCGUCACUCGACAGUACGAAGACAUCGGCGCCACGGUCGUGUGUGAGGUCAACGUCGUGCAGCGUCCCUCGGUCCCUCUACCGAUCCAUCCGUCGAGCCCGACUGCGGCACGAGGCGUGAGCAUCAACCUCGCUCCUCGACCCAAUCCCGACUGGGAUUGA